UUUUUUGCAUGUUGCACGUGUUCCACACGACCGUUCCACACACAUUGUGCAUGCAUUCCGGGCCGACUGAUUGCUCUUACUUUAUAGCUCUCCUUGUGUCGCAAGCCGAACAGAUUCCAGAAUCGCAACACAAGCAGUCACAUAGGACAAGUCACUGUAGCCUGAGUGUAGCUCCAUUUUCUGAUCAUGGCAAGUAAUGGAUCAGAUGAGGCACCAGCUAAACGGAUAAAACGAAGGCGGCAAGAUGAGGAUGGGUUUUAUUUCAAGUCAUAUGCGGGUGUUUCGAUCCAUGAAGAGAUGAUCCGGGAUGAAGUCAGGACAAACUCAUACAGACUGGCCAUACUUCGCAGCAGCGAACAGAUUGCAGGCAAGAUUGUGGCCGAUAUAGGGGCAGGAACUGGAAUUCUCAGCUGUUUCUGCGCACAAGCCGGAGCUAAGAAGGUGUAUGCCAUCGAGGCCAGUGCCAUAGCGGAGCAGGCCAGGAAGGUGGUCAAGUCCAAUGGGAUGGAACAGCAGAUCCAGGUCAUCCAGGGUAAAGUAGAAGACGUCGAACUCCCUGAGAAGGUGGACGUCAUUGUCAGCGAGUGGAUGGGGCACUUUCUGUUGUACGAAUCAAUGUUGAAUUCUGUCAUCUAUGCCAGAGACAAGUGGCUGAAAAAGGGAGGGAUCAUUCUUCCAUCAAAAGCAUCUUUAUAUUUGGCGCCGAUUACUAAUGAAGAGAUAUACAAAGAGAGGAUCGACUUCUGGUCAGAAGUGAAGAGUAAAUACAGGCUGAAUAUGGAUUGCAUGAUCCCGUAUGCAAAGGAAUGCAUUUUUGGUUCUGUCCAGAUUGAAGACGUGAUUGGCUCAGACUUGAUCGCGCAUGAACGCGAGGUAGCUACCAUCGACAUAAGCACGAUAACAGAACAAGAACUCCAGUCAAUACAGGGAUCCUUCGACUUCAAGUGUUUCGGCAUUUCAAAGUUCUGCGGAUUCGCCGCCUGGUUUACGGUGACCUUUGAUGACAUUCAGGACAGGGAUCCUGUCACAAUAUCCACGUCGCCCUACAAACACCCAACCCACUGGAAACAGAGUGUGCUGUACCUACCAGAACCAGUCAGCGUAGAGCAAGACACGGAGAUGAAGGGUCUGAUAACGCUCUCGCCAGGGAUGACAAAUUCUCGGUAUUUGGAUGUAGCAUUGCAAUAUACUGUAGGGGAAAUGCCCCAAAUCAGCAGGCACUACACGAUGUCAGAUGACUACCCUAGCUAGCUAACUGAAGUGACAUGAUGACAAUAUUCCAUUGUUUUUGAACUCGUCAUUUGCUACACUACUCUUCAGAUCUAUGCCCUUCCAUUCUCGGCCCUCUGUAUUUUGCUUGAAUCACUCCCCUUUCAACCAACGCCUCCCAUUUCCAAUCGAUCAACCACUCAUCAUUCCAUCAACCCCUCCCCUUUUCCAGUAACCCAAGCCCUCCUCUUUCAAUCAUUUUCUCACUUUUCCAUCAAGCUCUCACCUUUGCAAUAGCCUGACCCUUCCCCUUUACAAUAAACUCCUUGAUUUCCGUCAACCCCUCCCCUUAAAUAAAUUAUAAUCUAGAAAUUACUGUGACAAUGGCAUGUGUAGGGAUUUCAUUGAAAUAAACCCCUUUGAUCGUAAUCAAUAUUUCUCGGGUUGAACGAGGUGGUUUGCUUUGUUUCCGUUAAAAACAAAACAUUGUUAUAGACCCCCUUUUGUAAUGGAAGCCAAUACUUAUGGCUUUUUUUUUAAACUAAAUUCAAAUUCAGUUUUACUUACAUGUAGGCACAAGAGGUCUAAACAUGCAGUGAACAAAAGCACACAACCCCAAAGAUAGAUGCAAAGCAAAGGAUAUUAACAAGUUAUAAAACUGGGCCAGUGUUAAAAGAUUUCAAAACAAGCAAAUUUUUCGGAGAUCUUGACUUUUUAUACCAUUCUUAAUCCAAAUUGUAUCAUAUAACUUCCUUAUGACACUGCUACUUAAAAAAAUGUUGAAACAUUUGCAUGUCAUUUCAAAAUAAAUUAAAUAUCUGGCACUUUUUGUACAAGAAAACAAUAGUUGUCUUGACUGUGUUUGUAUGUGGGUUACAUAGAUAUUUGCACAAAAAUGUGAAAAGUGUGUAAAUGAUGACGUCAUAAAAAAAAUGCAUUUAAAAAAUAAAAGUACAUGUAUAAGGGAAGGUCAUAUUGUCAUGAAACUUGGUGGAAAGCUAGAUAACAUCAAUAUGCAAAAUCCGAAGUGACGUCAAGAUGACAUCAACUAAUUGUCAAUAUUUUUUAUCUGUUGGCUACUAGCUCAAUAUUACUUUUAUGAAUUUUGAAAACAAAUGACAUGACUGCACAUUGGCAAAAAAAGCAGUCAUACAAAAAUCAUAUGUUCUGUUUUCAAAUAGACAUAGACCUCUAGUUAUUAUGUGGAAAAAUAGGAGCCAUGUUUUGAGGUAAAACUAAGUUCCCAAGCAUGCCACACGAGUUCUUAUAAAAGGCAACAUGUAUUCUUAAAGACCACACGCAUUCUUAAAGGCGUACAGCUAGUGUACAAUGUAGAAGCCAUUUUUUAGGUGAAAUCAAGUUCCCACGCAUGCCACACAUGUUCAUAAGGGCUGCACGCCUUUUCAUAACCCUAUGGUCAAAGGAGCCCAGAGUGCAUAAUACUACCAGAGCGUACACCUAGUUCCACCUCUGAAAUCGCUUCUAAUUUUUUAGAUUGCCGAAUGAGUCUAUUGGCUAUGAGACAAAACUGCUUUCAAUUUCAUGACAAAUGAAAUGUAUGUUAUUAAAUGUUUCUCUUUUUAUUUCACACUAUUUCAAAUUAAAUGAGGUACAACACGUUGUACAAUAAGUUCAUGCAAAAUUAAUGUACAAUAUCACUUGCACAUGAACGUAUUGCAUUAAAUGUACAAUGUACAAUGAAAAAUAGUCUAAAAUACACAUUUAAAAUGAUAUUUCAUAGCGACAGGUUUGAUUUAUUACUAUAAAUGGGAAAUGAAAAUACUGUUCUUGUGAAAAUUAAUUUAAAAAAAAAAGCAGCGGAGACACUGAAGCCAAGCCCAAAUAUGAUUCAAUGAAAAAGC